GCAGUUUUGAGCCGCUCCUGCGCCGGGACAGCUGACUCAAUGAGAAAGACAUGCUCGCAUUCGUUUUGGUGUCUGGGUCGCUCUGGAUUAUAUUAGAGCUGAGUUCCACCCUGAUGGAGAAGAUGCAGGCCCAGGAGAUGAUGAGCGGCCUGAGGAUACCGGAGAUGGACGAGCUCGGACAGUUUUUCCGCUCCCUGCCAACCUCCACGCUGGUAGGCAUCGGCGCACUGACCGCCGUGCUGGCGUACUGGCUGGCCACCAGACCCCGCUCCAUCAAACCACCCUGUAGCCUGCUCCACCAGUCUGAAGAGGUGCCGCAUGAAGAUGGAGGUCGAAGGUCCAUGAUGGGCGACAGUUCCAAACUGCUGAGUCAUUACCAUGACGAUGCCAAGACCAUGUACGAGGUCUUCCAGAGAGGCCUCCACAUAUCUGGUGAUGGACCUUGCUUAGGCUCGCGACUCCCUGACCAGCCUUACAAAUGGAUAUCCUACAAAGAGGUGACGUCCCGAGCUGAGUACCUGGGUUCAGGCCUGCUGCACCAGGGCUGUCAGCCCAGCCCCAACCAGUUCAUAGGAGUGUUCGCCCAGAACAGACCAGAGUGGAUCAUCUCAGAGCUAGCUUGCUACACCUACUCCAUGGUUGUGGUUCCCCUUUAUGACACACUGGGCCCUGACGCCAUACGGUUCAUCAUCAACACUGCUGAAAUCUCCACAGUCAUCUGUGACAAAAUAGAGAAAGCUCAGGUGCUUCUGGGCAACGUGGAGCGGAAAGAGACUCCGGACCUGCGGAGAAUCAUCCUAAUGGAUGCCUUUGACUCUGACCUAGUGGACAAGGGCAAGGGAUGCGGCGUCCAUGUGCAGGCCUUGCAGGAGGUCGAGGCUCUGGGCAGAGAGAACUACAGAAAACCUUUACCCCCUGCACCUGAGGACCUGUCCAUUGUAUGUUUCACCAGUGGAACCACAGGAAACCCAAAGGGAGUCAUGCUCACCCAUGGGAACGUUGUGGCAGAUUUCUCCGGCUUCCUUAAAGUCACAGAUAAAGUAAUUUUCCCCAACCAAGAUGACUGCCUCAUCUCCUUCCUGCCACUGGCUCACAUGUUUGAGAGACUCAUUGAGUCUGUGGUGUACUGUCAUGGGGGACGGAUUGGGUUUUAUCAAGGAGACAUCCGUCUCCUCUCAGAUGACAUGAAGGCCCUGCGGCCGACCAUUUUCCCUGUGGUGCCUCGACUGCUCAACCGCAUGUAUGACAAGAUUUUCAGCCAAGCUAACACCCCAUUGAAGCGUUGGCUGCUUAACUUUGCUGCCAAGAGAAAAAGUGCUGAGGUUAGCAGUGGGGUCAUUCGCAGUGACAGCAUCUGGGACAAAAUCUUCUUCAGUAAGAUUCAGGCCAGCCUUGGAGGAAGACUGAGGAUGAUUAUAACAGGAGCGGCUCCUACCUCGCCCAAUGUCUUGGGAUUCCUCCGAGCAGCUCUUGGAUGCCAGGUUUACGAGGCGUACGGCCAGACAGAGUGCACAGCUGGCUGCACCUUCACCACACCUGGAGACUGGACCCCAGAACACGUUGGGGCCCCGCUGCCGUGUAACCUCAUCAAACUGGUGGAUGUUCCUGAGAAGAACUACUUUGCCUCGAAGGGGGAGGGAGAGGUUUGUGUGAAGGGACCAAAUGUGUUCAAGGGCUACCUAAAAGACCCGGAGAGGACUGCUGAGACACUGGACACUGAUGGCUGGCUCCACACUGGAGACAUUGGCAAAUGGUUAUCUAAUGGCACUUUGAAGAUCAUUGACAGGAAGAAGCACAUCUUCAAGCUGGCGCAGGGCGAGUACAUCUCCCCUGAGAAGAUCGAGAACAUCUACAUUAGGAGUGAACCUGUGGCACAGCUCUAUGUUCAUGGAGACAGCCUGCAGUCCUGUUUGGUGGGAAUUGUGGUUCCUGACCCAGAAGUGAUGCCUGAAUGGGCCAAGAAGAAAGGCAUAAUAGGCACCUAUAAAGACCUCUGUAAAAACACAGUUCUGAAGAAGGCAAUCCUUGAAGAUUUGGUGCGUCUGGGCAAAGCCAGUUGUCUCCACUCUUUUGAGCAGGUAAAGAACAUUUACAUCCACAAUGAGAUGUUCUCCAUUGAAAAUGGCCUCCUGACUCCAACAUUAAAGGCCAAGAGAUCGGAGCUGAAGGAGUUCUUCAAGGAUAAGAUCGCACAGCUUUACAACAGCAUCUCUAUGUGAAGGCCAGCAGACCUCAUUUCCCUUCAAGCAUCUUAACACUAAGAUCUAUGACCACUGACAUGUGUCGGGACAAAAAUGUUACACCUUAGUCUUAACAUGCUUUGGGAAAACAAGCCAAACCUGGCCCUGCUUUCUGCUAUCCACUCAAACAAACCAUCAAAUGCUCUGUCCCCAGCAGCAAAAACUCAUCAGCACUUUUUACGUUGAGCAGUCCAUUUCUAACUGUCACUCAGCCUCUCCUCUUUCCACCAUCACUCCAAACCUCCCAACCAAACACGAGUUAAAACCACAGUUGUACGACAGCAAGUGUGAUGAUGUCUUUGUCUAUAGUGUAGCUCAAGGAGAUUUCUAGAUGUGUGAUAAUGCUGACACCUUGUGGGGCAGUAAUGGACUUCAUCCCCAGCGGACAACAGUAGAUUUUAAUUUGAUUGAACAAGCUGCAGACAGCAGUGCCAUUAAGGGAUUAAACUAAAAACCAGACAUUGUGCAAAUAGACCAAAACCGCGUCUCUCUGUUUACGGUCAAAAUUAAGAUAAGGUCAGAAGAGUAGCAGCUCCUGCCUUUCAAAUCAUUGCAUACUGUUCUAUGUAGAGCAUCUUGAUGUUAGCACCACUUCCAAUUUACCGUUCAUGUAUUCUCUCAUUCAUUCAUUCAUUUAUUCAUUAAUUCAUUCAUUUUUCUACAUGGCUGCGAUCAUCAGUUUAGCAUGCAUGCUCCUUGUUUAUAUGAAGGACUGGCGCACUGUAACAAUCAUCAAGGUUCACACUCUCAGCAUUAUCACAACUUUCUUUUCAUCCACUUUUGCACAAAGAGUAUGUCAGGAAAAAAAAGAAAUAAUGCAAAACCAGGGCUCAGGGCAAUGCAUGCAGUUUGCCCUGCAAUGCUGGGACCGUUAGCAUUUGACUUGAAAAAGAUUUCUUUGUGGCCAUUAAUAGCAGGUUGUAUGCAGCUGCCCACAGCCACUGCUGCUAGUGCAAGGCUUUGUAAUGUAGGCAAAGCUGAUGAAUUCCACUCACUGAAGGAAAAUAGAACAACCAUUGACUUUUAAACAAAAGAAAUGUUUUUGGGUUUUUUUGGAGGGUUUACAUAUAGAAGUAAUGUAUAGGCUUUCUAAGUUGAUUACCGUCCCAAAGCAUAAACAAUGUGGAUGUACAUAAAUGAGGACAGCUAGAUGUAAGCAUAUUUAUUGAAUCAAUGGUUUGAAUGGAUUUUUUCUCUCUUUUUGCGUGUAGUGAGAUGAAUUGUACUUAUUUAUUUAUCUAUUCUGCUGUAAAAUGGAAUCAGCACCAUAUCCUUGUAAUGACUGAGUGCAGCAAUAAAGACAAGGGAGGGCAAGGAA